AUGCAACGAUCACAGUCGAUCGAAAGUAUCACUUCAGUAACAUCAUCAUGCCGAGGUGGCGAAAAAAAGCCCUCACCAACACAUAUGAUUAUUCAGCGUGAAGCUGAUACAAAAAUUAUGUUAUUGCCGGUAACACAUUUGGUUAAUAGUUCUGUUACUCGUAUUAAAAUUAAUAAUACAGCAACGUUCAAAAGUGAUAUUAAUAGUAGGAAGCAACAUCGUGGGGAAAUUGUACAGUUGGGUGAAUAUUCAACAACAAUUCAUAUUUUUGCAAUAUUCUUGUUGCAUAUAGGGACCAAGGAAGUAUGUCAGGAACAAUUUCAAGUUUUUGAAACUACAGCUGAUGCUGAUCAAAAAAAUACACAUGAUGAUGGCAUUGAUGAUAUAAACGAAAAUGAAAAAUAUGAGAAAAGAAAAGAACGUCCUAUAAAUGGAUCGAGUAGCAAUGAAGAUGAAGAAUUUCGUAAUACAUCCAAUGAUUCGUUAAAUAUCAAUAUUUCAUCAACAAAAUCUAUUCGUAAUUCUACAACAACUAUGUCUAAAACAAAAGAUUCGUCCUCGAAUAGAUCUAUCAAGGAACAUGAAGCUGAACCACAAAAGGCUUCCAAAAGUCAAAUAAUCAUUAAUCCUCGACCUGAAAAUCCGGAAAAUCUUGAAAACGAAACCACAUUGAUAAAUUUUUCCAAUUUAGCUAUACCCGAUGCUGCGGGGCUCCAAUGGUUUAUCAAUAUGGAAAAGUACUUUUCGAACAAGGCACCUGGUACAAACAUUGCGAAUUAUGCCAAAGCUUUGGGCAUAAAAGAUCCACGAGAUCUUGUUGCUUGCAUUGAAGAUACAACAUCCAACACUGCUCGACAAGUGGUUCGAUGUUUAUAUUCAUCGGACAAAUUGUUGACUAUGACGGGACCGGAAGUACCAGAAGAUCGACGAUUAAUAAUUCGAGAAUUUGCUGAAUCUCAAAAAGGUCCAAUAUCAAAUCAUAAAUUUAAUGAAGCUAUUAAUGGUGUCUUCCGAUCUAAAAAAUGCGAACUCAAAACAAAAAUGCAGCAACACAAUGAAUUAAUGACAUCAGGAGAUAACAAAAGCAUCGACAAGCAAAUCAAUUGUCGAGACAAGGGGCAGAGAAGUUUAAAACAAAUGAUGAAUAAAAAUCAACAUUCAAAACCAAAUGAAGAAAAUUAUGAUUCUGAAGAAGAUCCAGAAGUCAAUGAAUGA